ACGCUUUAUCAUGUCAAAUAUACUGGAUAGUCCUUUCACUAUAUUAAGCUGUGCUUUAGGAGUUUCUGGGUGGAUCGUUACAUUUGUUGGUCUGUGCGCUUCCUUUGCAUUCACGCAGUCAAUGUCUUGGUGGGUGGUAAGCUACGAGUUUUUUGUGGUUUUGAUGGCAUGUGUAGUAUUCUGGUCAAACUCGAUUCGAAUUUACUAUCCCGUUGUGCUUACAUUGAUUGCUAUCAGUGUUCCUUAUACCACGGGUGAGGUACUCAUGUAUAUCUCUGCUGGAAAACCAUCCUUAUCAGCAGCUGCUUCUGGCUAUAUUAUACUCAUGUUGACCCAAUUUAUGUGGAUAUUUUUAUUUGGAAUACAACACGAAGCUUCGGUGCUACGAUCAUUCAGCGAUUUGAAUAACAAUCGUUAUCAUAGUCGUGUCUAUAGUUCUGGUAACCCAUAUCAAAAGGAAAAUGGAGGUGCGGUUUUUAUUAAUAACCCAAUCAUGGAUGCAGCUGGUCCCAAUUAUCCCACACCAAUUCCUACACAAUCGUCUUAUCUAUCUGGAUCUCAUGAUCGUAUGGUUUCAGUUCCAAUGUAUAUGAGUCCUCCUACUCAAAACACCAUCUUUCUGUCUCCAAAUACUGACUAUUUAAUACCAGUAACAGCCAUUCACAAUUAUGUUGCAAAUAAGGAAGAUCCAAAUGAGCUAUCAUUUUCAAAGGGCGAGGUAUUAUAUGUUCACGAAAAGAAAGGCAGUUGGUGGCAGGCCAAGAAAUCAACAGGCGCUGUUGGAAUGAUUCCCAGCAAUUACGUAAGUAUGAGUUUUUUUUUUUUUUUUUUUUUUUAG